AUGGCGGCGAAUUCCCUUGCCCGCAUGCUCAAAGGCCAGGUGCGAUGCUACUCCGCACCACUGGACCUGGCUAUUCCGGCCUCCAAGCAGCGAUACAUUCCUACCAGCGGCACCUACCCCCAAGGCUUCCUGGUCUCCGGUACUCAUGUCGGCGUCAAGGCCUCCAACACUCGAUUUCCGGAUCUUGCGCUCAUUGCGUCUGAGACGCCGUGCUCCGCCGCCGCUGUCUUCACUACCAACAAAUUCCAGGCUGCGCCGGUACAAGUGAGCCGACAGACAUUGCAAAGCCGCAAGGGAGAGGGCAUCCGGGCUGUUGUGAUCAACUCUGGCUGUGCCAAUGCCGUGACCGGUAAGGGUGGCCUCGAAGAUGCCGUGCAGAUGGGUCGGACAGUGGACGAGUGCAGCGGAGCCGAGAAGGAUAGCUCGCUGGUGAUGAGUACCGGUGUUAUCGGACAACGCCUACCCAUCAACAAGAUCCUCGACCGCAUUCCUACCGCUUACGCCAACCUCGACUCGACGCACGAUGCGUGGUUGAGCACCGCCCGCGCUAUCUGUACCACCGACACAUUCCCUAAGCUUAUCUCCCGCACCUUUACUCUGCCUUCUUCCCCAGAUCUAACUUACCGCCUGGCCGGUAUGACCAAGGGUGCCGGUAUGAUCCACCCGAACAUGGCUACCUUGCUGGGUGUUGUGUGCACCGACGCAGCUGUUGAGCCCGCGGCGCUGCAGUCAAUUCUCAAGCAUUCCGUAAACCGCUCGUUCAACUCGAUCUCUAUCGAUGGCGACACCAGCACCAACGACACCAUUGCCGUUUUGGCUAACGGUGCCGCUGGUGGAGAGACCGUCCGCGCACCUUCUGGUUCUCAGGCUAGUGCCGACUACGAGGCCCUGCAAGCUAUUUUCACCGACUUUACUCAGGAGCUGUCGCAGCUUGUUGUCCGUGACGGCGAGGGCGCGACCAAGUUCGUUACUGUGCGCGUGCGCAACUCUCCCGACUACGAGUCUGCCCGUCUGAUCGCCUCGACCAUUGCCCGCUCUCCCCUCGUCAAGACUGCCCUGUAUGGUAAGGAUGCCAACUGGGGCCGUAUUCUUUGCGCCGUGGGCUAUACGCAGGGUGUGCGCGAUGGUACCGUCGUGCCCGAGCGUACCUCCGUCAGCUUCAUUCCAGUUGAUGGCAGCCCGGUCCUGAAGUUGCUGGUCAACGGCGAGCCCGAGACUGUCGAUGAGGAGCGUGCCAGCGUGAUCCUGCAGAAUGAAGAUCUGGAGAUCGAGGUUGACCUCGGUGGUGGUGAGAUGGGCGCUGCCGGUUGCGGUGGUGAAGAUGCCGUUUACUGGUUCUGUGAUUUCAGCCAUGAAUAUGUGACUAUCAACGGUGACUACCGAACGUAA